ACCCAGUCAGUCUAGAAGGACAAACAAAGCACUAUUGGUGUCCUCUGCAAGGGAGCACUGAUAGGGGGCUGGCUGUAAAUUGACGUGGCAUGGAAAAUCUCUGCUAGUUUCUAGCAGCUCUAACAUCGCUGCAAAAUCAAGCCUACUCAUACUAAGUUUGUAGCUUGAAAACAUUACAGGCUUACUGUUUAUAUAUACAUAAAAGAAAAUGAAUGGAAAGUAUCCUCGCCUUUUGAUUUGGGAAGCAGACUUUUUCUGUAUUUGGAUUUAUGGCUAAUAGAAAACAAAAUCAAAGGGAAUUGGUUACUUUUUUUUUUUUUGUGAGAGCAGCAGAUCUCGUUGCUCCCCCCUCCUUUUCCUGUGAUUUAAUCAUUUGCAGAUCUUGCCAUGGGGUGCGGACUGAGAAAGCUGGAAGACCCAGAUGAUAGCAGCCCUGGAAAAAUUUUUUCUACAUUGAAGAGACCACAAGUUGAAACAAAGACGGAUUCUGCUUAUGAAUAUGUAUUGCUGGAUUUUACUUUAGAAGCUUCCUCAAAUCCUGAAGUUAUCAAAAUCAGUUCUGUGUUGGAUAUAGCAUCUAAGGUGGAAGAAUAUUACGACGAAGGAUAUGUUGUAGGAGCUAUUCAUCCUAUUCUACUGCCAAUUGGAUGUAGAAGGAAUUUCCCUGCAAGUCAUAUGUAUCGGGUGGUACUUUCAAGAUUAAAAUUAAGCCAGAAGCAUGCAGCACCCAGAGAACAAAGGCACCCCAGGCUGGUGAUUGAGGAAUGUCCUUUAACGUAUGAAACACUGACAAAUGAGGUAGUGAAAGAACUUUUAGAAAAGGUUAAUGAAGCAGCUAAAAGAGGAAAGAAGUUUGUGGGCUUUGUAACACAACAUUUUCCUCAACCUAAAGCCUGUAAUGGAACAAGCACAGAUGGAAGUGCAGAGCUGGAAUCAACACUAGGCAGAAGACACAGGGAACCCAGAAGAAUAAUUUCUGAUGAAGACUACAAAAACUGGAAUGAAAGGUCACUGUGUGGUCACUCUAUUGAGAGUGGGAAUGAAAAGGAAAUGCAAGCAGAGAGUGGACUGUUACAGGAUGCAGAUUUCCAGUUUGGAAAAGAAGUCAGUCCUAUUAAGCCACAAGAAGGAGACGACAAGCUGUAUAUAGUCUUCAAUGUUUUUGAUGAUGACUCUACCUGCUGGACCUAUCAUGAGGGCAUCUUGUCCAUGAAAGUAACAAGAAAGGGACCAGUUAUUAGUACACUGGAAGCAGACUGGCUAGAACUAACUACAUUUUAUUAUAAACAAGGAUUGUCCUUAACUGAUUCUUUUGUACACUGGGAAACUUCUAAAGGUGAUUAUUCGCCCAAAUCUUUAGAAGGAAUACUUAUCUACGAAGAAGAAGGUGCUGGGGUUCCAGGUUCUAACAGGAAAGGAAAUGAUGCAAUAGUAGUUGAACAAUGGACAGUUAUUGAGGGGUGUGAAAUUAAAACAGAUUACGGACCUUUAUUGCACACACUGGCUGAGUUUGGAUGGCUCCUGACCUGUGUCCUGCCUACACCUAUUGUACGACAUGACAGUGAAGGAAACCUGGCCACAAAGCAAGUUGUUUUUCUUCAGAGACCUGUUAUAUGGAAUUCUGCUGUCCAGAUGCCAGAGGUGGAUGAAGUUGGCUAUGCUGCAAGCAUUUGUUUAGAAGCCUUCAGGAAGUCCUAAGUGAGCUGACUCAACUCCUGCAUCUAUUGCACAUGAAAAAGAUGACAUUUUUUUGACCUCUGAAAUGUCUAUUUUCAUGGCUGUAGCAGAAUACAAGCGUCAAGCUGUGCAAGGGGCUCUGUAAUCUGGGGGUUACCAGGGUGAAGGAGUGUUAGCCAUUGCUGUGUGAGUCAAAGUAUGUGACAGAAAUAUACAACUUAAAAUUCCUACAGCUGAUCUUCAACAUCUACCUGUCCCCUCUAAGUGAGAUUCCCGUAACAGUGGUUGUAUAAAAGUACUUCGAGGAUGAAAUGACUGGUAGUCAUCACAUCCUGCUCAGCCAGGGUCACAACAGCGGUGGCACCUGUACAGUGCUAUAGCAAAGCCUGCUGUGGCCAGGGGAGGAUAACCGGUGGGUUCUUCCUUACCAAGGCUUUCUACACCCUGGGGUGGGUUUUCCCUUUUAUUUGUUUUUCAGUGGCUAUUCCAUCUUCAGCUAAUCAACUUUCUUCUCCUGUGGUAGCCUUUUAAGGAGCUAUGGAAGCUGUAGGCAUUUUGACUCAGGCCCAGCACUGGAGCAGUAACUUCACAAAUUCUGUCUGUCAUGAUACUAUUACUUUUAUGAAGCAGUGGUGUCUAUCCUUUUCUUUCCCCACCUGUAUAAAUGUUUCACGAGACUCUAAAUAGCUGGAAUUCAUAUUUGAUCUUUCCAGCUUAUAUGCAGACUGCUGUCAUCAUCCAUAUUUUCCUCUGAUUAGUGUUUCUAAAAUACACUCUUCCUUUUUUGUUCUUCUCCAGACUUCUGCUUGUCUCCAGCCUAACCUCCUAACGCUGUGUCCCCUUAUAAUUAAUUCUUCCAUGCCUGGAAGAAUGGCAUUCAACAUGAAAAAUGGGAAUUUAAUUGCACAUCUCCAUCACAGUCUCAGUUCCUAGCUAGGUGUUGUAUGCUGUCUUUAAUUUAUUUUCCUCAUCUACAAAAUUUGAGCUCCUAUUUUUUUUCCACAUCAGUAUUCUGUGCAGUCUCCCUUGCCAAUGUUUCAGUCAUCCAUUCAUGCCCUUCUCCAAAUUCUGCCAGUUCCUCUUGCAGUUUUCUUUCAGUUUCCCGUGUGUACCACUUACCUUUGGCUUUUUGCUUUCAAAGCUUACAGUCCCUGCUCUCUUGUCUUUGUCAUCUCUUCUUUUUUUGGAACAUAGUUUUGUUGGUAUCAGUGUUGUAAGUGUAUAAAAAUAUGCUAUUUUAUGUCAGUCACGAUCAAAUAAAGUCAAAAUUCUCCUGAUGUUUCCCAACCUUUUAUUGCUAUGUAUAAUAAGUGCACGGACUCCUGAUGUGAAUACUCUUUCCUUGGUAGCUGUAAAAAAAAGGUAUUUCUAACUACAAGCUCCUCUUAAAGGACAGUGUAACUACAUGACUCAAGUUAGAAGGAUUAAUACUGGAUUCUGCCAGGAGACACUGUAAUACAAAACACUUCUGUAAAAACAUUCAUUGUCAGGAAUUGAUGAAUCUUUGAGAUGUGUUUUAAAUUAAAAUUAGAGGAAUCCUUGUGUUUGCUGUUUAAAUUCUGUUGCCUAAUUGUGAGGUGGUUAGUACUGGAAUGACCUUUAUAUUCUUUAUUUUUACAAGUAUAACGGUACCUGUGUUCUGUGGUCAUUGUUUCACUGGAUUGUAAUGCAAAACCUUUGAGUUAAGCAUUAAGAUAGUGGAAGUAAACAAAUAGCUGGUUUGUAGCCAUGUACAUCAGGAUUAUUGUAUUAAAGUCUGAAGAGACACAGUAUCUAAAUGUGCCCCUUAAGUACCAGCGAAUAAGCGAAUAUCUUACUUCUGCAACAGGAAAUCUCAGUAUGAUGAGGUUAUGUUACCAUGGGAUAAAUAGGUAGCUCAGGAUAAAGCUAGAACAUGUACUAAAGUAGCAUUUACCCUCUGUUUUUCCAAUCAUGUAGGUUUUCCCCUAAAUCUUAAUCUCUUCAUUUAUGUAUUUAUAUAUUACCAAAAUGUCUGAAUUGGCAAAACAGCAUAUUACCUUUAUUCAUAGAUGAGGUAAUCUGUUGAUUUGUUAACAAUACCUAACUGGUAUAGCACGUCAUGCUAGAUUUGCAUGGAAUAGCUAGAUUUCAGGUAUGAAACAAGCUACUGAAAUCUGAAAGCAUUCAGUAUUAACUUUUAAUAUUAACUAUUAACUUUUGCUCUAGAAAUUGUAAUAAAUAUAUUUAAAAUAAUACAUGGACAGGGACAACAGAGUUGUGGAAUUUUAUCAAACAAACCUUUGAAAACAUUUUAGUAAAAAAGUUUAACUCCUGUGAUUCUACAUUGUUGGUCAUGACACUUUCACUUGCAUUUACACUGACUGCAUUUCUUGCUGUUUUAAAAAAAUAAAAUCAUCAUGUCCAUAAUUCAGGAUGCUUUUGAAACACAAAACUACUGCAGAUAUCUAAAAUAUUUUAAUUUCCAAACUAAAUAAAAUGCAUCAGUUUGUCUAUUUAUGCGUAUCCUUAAUGUGUUGGUAACUCGGAUAUCUUGAGAAGAAUACUAACUUUAGGAGAGCCAACCUACAAAACCAACAAGGCUUUUUUUAAGAAAGCAAUUCAGCGUUAGAGGAUGCCUACAUGAGAGUGUCUCACACCCUCAGAGCCUGAUCACGUUGCAGCUGCCUGCAGUGUGGCAGGGUCUGGCUGUGGCACAGCUUUGUCCCCCAGGCAUGUCCAGCUCCUGGACCCCUGUGACUUGCCUUCUGGGGGCUGGCAGUACACGGUACUAGCUGCUUUGUGUACUCAAGGUCGGUUUUGUUGUAGGUUUUUUCUUUUUUUUUCCUUGUGAGGUUGAAGUUGCCAUUUCUAAAGGAACUUUUAAUUCAGUAAGAAUUGAGGGAACUCCUCUGUUACCUGGCCUGAUAUUCCCACAGGGUCUCUUUUCAGAAAAGUGUGUGUUUCAAGUCCUCACAGAUCCUAUCUCUGCCUUCUUGUAUAUUUGCUGGUUAGUGCAUUAUGAUCUGGCUUGCAAUUUAUGUAAUGGUUCAAAGGCCUCUUGGAUUUAGAAGGGCAAUAUUGUCUCAGUGAGUUCUUUAUUACACACCAUUUGCUUUUCUAAGAAAAUAGUUCAGAGGAGACCUGAGACUGAACUGCACACGUACUUGAGGGAUUUCUCUUUUUUAUUUCCUUUAGGCAGACUUCUCCAUCCUCUUACUGUGGCAUCUAGGCAAAGCUUAUUUCCUUCUGUUUCUCCUGAGGCAACACUAUUUCCCCUUAGUCUGAUUUCCCGAUGUCUCCUGUAACGGUUUCCCUUAAAUACAUUUCCUUUAGCCACAAGCGCCAUUGUUUUUACUGUUUCAAAAGAGUUUGGGAAAAAUGUUACAGAUGUAUAGAAGGGGGGCAAAGAGCUGGCACAAACAGUUGUAAUUUUGGUUUGGUCAGAGUCAGACAUGUACGUUAGGUGCAAAAAUAAAGCUUUCUUCAAACAGCUGAAUUUAGCAUGGGUUAAGACUUGUAAAUCACUCUGUGUCUGCCAAGUAAAGCAUAGGAAUUGAGCAUUGCCAAAAUAAUUGCUUUUUCUUAGCAUUUGCUUACGCUUUCUUGAAUCUUGACUGUCCUGUAUCUUUUGCAUCUCUCCUUAAAUAUCUUUAUAGAGAACAAAAUGUAUCUCUUAGGAUUUUUCUCGAGAGGAGUUCAUAAUUUAAGCCAGUGUUAAAUGCUGCCUUAUGUUAAAAUGCAGCUCACAUUAAAUUCGUACAU